UGUCUAUGACGGAGUGGAGUGAUGCCUUCACCUUGAUAGUAUAUGACAAUAAACCUCGGCCUGUCCUCACUGUGUCUCCAUCAUGGCUGAGUCCUGGAGCCUCAGUAACUCUGAACUGUGAGGUUGAACAUCCAUCUGCAGGAUGGAGGUUCUACUGGUAUAAGACUGUUCCUGAUCUGUCACACAACUCCUACAGCUAUGAGCUGUUACCUGGUAGCAGCAGUGGGACUGAACAGGAUUCCUACAUCGUUCAUGGUCAGACACACACAGCAGGAUAUGUGUGUAGAGCUGGAAGAGGAGACCGAGUGUAUUACACUCAGUACAGUGAACCAAGUUUGUCUGGUCUGGGAGGUGAGUUUAUCUUUGUACUAAGCUUAAUCAUUCCAUGUUUUUCAGAUCUUCAUCCAGCAGCGUCUCUCACAGUGAAUCCUGACAGAGUGCAGCACUUCACCUCUGACUCCGUCUCACUGAGCUGUGAGGGAAACUCUGCUGAGUGGAGAUUGAAGAGGUUUACUGAUAAAGACUUGUUAGACUGUUCUGAGUGGGGGACGAUAACUGGAUCCACAUGUAACAUCCACAGAUUACAGGAGGGUGAUGCAGUGUACUGGUGCGAGUCCCAGUCAGGAGAGUUCAGCAAUGCAGUCAACAUCACUGGACAGACAAAAGACAUUAUCCUGGUGAGCCCUGUCCAUCCUGUGACUAAGGGAGACCCUGUAACACUUGGCUGCAAGCUGACAACCACAGAAUUAGAUUCCAAUGUGUUUUUCUAUCACAAUGACAAACUCAUCCAAAAUGACACCAGACAGGAGCUGAAUAUCUCUGCAGUGUCAAAGUCAGAUGAAGGUUUCUAUAAGUGUGAAUGCUCAGGAAAGGAGUCGCGACAGAGCUGGGUGGCAGUAAAAUCAUUGGAGUCUUCUUUUCCUGUACCAGUUCUUGGUGGUCUGCUUUCUGGAAUUGUAAUGAUUAUCCUCCUAUUCCUGCUGUGUCACUACAAAAAAGCCAAAG